AUAGAAACCUAUCCAUGGUGAAGGACUCCAAGAACUUUUAGCCAUUGCACUGUAAACACCAUUGAAAAUUGAAAAACUUCCCAUAAAUUCCAUUAAAAAAAUCAUUUUUAUAUUCAUUUUUCUACAUAUAUCAUCAUAUAGAUACACUGUAUUGUUGUAUCUAUAGCUUUUGCUUCUAAGAAACCCUUAUACACAUUAAAGAAUACUAAAAGAUUCAAUUUUUUUUUGCAAUCAGCACUUCUUUCUUGUUCCAAUCCAUUCAAGAAGAAGGUUAAUCUGUCCUUUUCACUUCUUUUUUUCAAAUACCCUUUGUUCAAGACUCUUCCUUUAAGAUGGCUUCUAUAACACCCUUAUCUCAAUCUCAACCCCUUUUGGAGAAAACUCAGUUUACAGUUUUGAACAAGCCUCAAAAUCAGUUUUGUUCAAUACCCUUUUCAAGAUUCACUCAAAGUUCUAAUCUUUCUUUGAAAAAAUCAAGGAUGGUGGUAGUUUCAGCAACAACUGCUGCUGAGAAAUCUAAUAAGAGGUACCCUGGUGAGGCUAAGGGGUUUGUGGAGGAAAUGAGGUUUGUGGCUAUGAAAUUGCAUACUAAGGACCAGGCUAAGGAAGGGGAAAAAGAGCCUGUAGAUCAGCCUUUGGCUAAGUGGGAGCCUAGUGUUGAAGGGUACUUGAAGUUCUUGGUGGAUAGCAAAUUGGUUUAUGAUACUUUGGAAAAAAUUGUGGAAAAGGCUCCUUUUCCUGAGUAUGCUGAGUUCAGGAACACAGGAUUAGAAAGGUCUGAGGUUCUAGCAAAGGAUUUGGAAUGGUUUAGGCAGCAAGGUCAUGCCAUCCCGGAACCGUCAACUCCUGGUGUCACAUAUGCUCGUUACUUAGAAGAGCUAUCAGAAAAGGAUCCUCAAGCAUUUAUUUGCCAUUUUUACAACACCUACUUUGCUCAUUCAGCUGGAGGCCGCAUGAUAGGGAGAAAAGUAGCUGAAAAGGUACUCGACAAGAAAGAGCUGGAAUUCUACAAAUGGGACGGUGAUCUUUCCCAGCUGCUGCAGAAUGUUAGGGAUAAGCUGAACAAAGUUGCAGAAAACUGGACUAGAGAGGAGAAGAAUCAUUGUCUGGAAGAGACAGAGAAGUCAUUCAAGUUCUCCGGGGCCAUUCUCCGUUUGAUAUUCUCUUGAUGCACAACUUUGCGCUUUGUUUCCUUGUUUUAACUUGUACUCGAAAGGUCAAAUUUAUGUGAAUAUUUGUGUUUCUUUUCGCUUUCAUUCCGUCUAUGGUGUAUAAGAACUUGAUUAUAAUUCAAGUAUUACAUCAUUAUUCAACUCUCAAA